AAAAAAAAAAAAAAAAAACGUUCGUGCGCAUGCGUACAGGGUACAACCCAUUGGCGGCUGUCUAUUGGCCUCUUGCGCUGUCCAUCACCAGUGCGGGGGCAGGGCGUUGGCAUUCCUCUCCAGGAGGAUUAAAAAAAAAAAAAAGAGAGAAAGUUACCAAAAUGGCGGCGUCAACCUGCCCGUCCGCUGGAAAACAAUAGAGAGGAGCGCCAGCGUACAAACAGUCCUCCCGGGAGGAGAGCCGUCGACCCCAGGCGACGAUUGACAACGAGCCUGGCCCGAGCAUGCUGCGUUUAGGAGCUAACUAACUAGUCAGGCAGCCCCUCGAACAGAGCUAGCCGAGAAGCUAGCCGCGGCUAACGGCUACACGGAGGGAGGGAGGGAGGCAGGCAGGCGGGCGGCGGAGGAGGAGGAGGCAGGCGGGCAGGCAAGCAGGCAAGCAGUCAGUCAGGCAGGCAGGCAGGCAGGCAGGCGGAGGAGGAUCAGCUGUUGCCUCAACAGAUGCCGUAGAGAGAGCGCACAGCUACACGUCCACAGUAAGUCCUUUUUACACACACGGACAAUGUUCUCGUCGUAGUGGCCGAAAGAAAAUAAGCUACCAUUUUCGUGCGCUCGUUUCGCUGGAAAGGCGGCCGAAGUUGGGCAACAAGAAAGUCCGCUCCGAAGAGUCGCCGAGUGGGCUGAGAUCGCGUUUAGCUUUUAGCAGCCAGCAGCAUCGAGCAAGUUCACUUGCAACCAAGUUGAUAAGUUUCACUCAAUCUUCCCCCCAAAACAUGUCGUUUGCUCCGUGAGCUCGCUCGGCCGAACUCAACCGCUUGAAUGACUGUUUUUCUAUUUUUCCCGUCAGUUUUUGGAAGUUUAGCGAGUGGAGGAAUGUGCUUGGUGGAGGAAGCAUGUAAACAAAACACACACAAACGGGGCUAAUGCGCUAGUUUAGCUUGGUGCCCAACUUUCUCUGCGGAUUCUCGCUGCUCGUCUUCGUCGCCUCUCGAUCUCCUCCCCGGCCUGCCGCCUGGCCAGCCAGCGGUGACUAAAGGCUAUUAGCAAGACAAAGGUCGCCUCCAAUGGAGCCAGCAGCCCGGCAGGCUUUGUAAGGGUCGAGGCAGGGAGGGAGGGAGGGAGGUAGGGAGGAAGGUGGUGGUGGUGGUGUACACGCCAAAAAAAAAACACACAAAAAGGAGAGAGCAAGAGAAGCACAGUCAGCGUUUUAUGGACCAAACCUGAUCCCGCAACCUUUUUUUUUUUUUUUUUUGGUUUUUUUUUGAAUUUUUUUUUUUUUUUUCAUUGAUGAUGGCGGAUUUUGUUACACCGCGACACAGCGCGGUGAUGGAGCGGCUGCGGCGGAGGAUCGAGCUCUUCCGGCAGCAUCACAACAGCUGCGAGAGCCGCUACGAGGCCGCCGCGCUGGAGAGCCUGGAGCUGGAGAGGCAGCAGACCUUCGCCCUGCACCAGCGCUGCCUGCAGGCCAAGGCCAAGAGGACCAACAAGCACAGGCAGCCCCCGGCCGCCACCGCGGAGCAGGCCGGCCAGAGGGCGCCCGGGAGCGGCGGCGGAGCGAGCGCGGAGCUCGGCGACGGCGGCGGAGGAGCAGGAGCCGCCGAACAGAGCCGCAACAGCACGCUCAUUGCCUUGCAGGAGACCGUGAAGAGGAAGCUGGAGAGCGCCGGUUCCCCUCUAGACCGGGACCGGGAGCAGGUCAACGGCUUCUCGGACGGCUUCCCGGCCAGCAAGAAAGCCUGCGUGGACGCCGCCGGCGCCAACGGCUCCCCCGUGGACUCCAAACUGGGCCUGGGCGAUGCGCUGGCCUCCAACGGCACCCGCGGGCCCGGAGGCGAGUCGGCGGCGGCGGACGGCGCCAAGGAGGCGGCGCCCGACUUCCGGCGCAAGGAGAUGAAGCAGGAGCCCGACGACAUCCUGCCCAUCAUGCCUCCUUCGGGGGGAGGAAACAACAACAACAACCUGUUCCCGGACCUCAACUUCAACGAGCAGGAGUGGACGGAGCUCAUGGAGGAGCUCAACCGCACCGUGGCCUACGAGGACAUCCAGGACAUCCUCAACGACGGCUUCGAGGACCGCAAAGACCCUCUGGAGAUGACGCCCAAUCCGGGCGGCGGCGGGGCCACGGGCAAGGGCGGGGGCGCCCAGUCCUCCCAGAGUCUCCUCCCUCUGGAUUUGGGAAGCGUGAAAGCAGAGUUCUCCCCGUCCCCCUUCGAGCAGGACUCUCGCACGGGUUCCCCUCAUGUCCGCUCGGCGUCUUCCGGGCCUUCUCGCCCUACGGGCUCUCCGGUGGCCGCCUCCUCCCCGGCCGCGCCCCUGCCCAGGCAGCACCCGCCUCCGCCGCCGCCGCCGCCCCCUAACCACCUACUAGCAAAAGACCUCUCCCCCGCCCAGCAGCUUCAGCAGCUGGCCGCCCAGCAGCAGCGGGCCCAGCACCUCCACACCCAGCUGCAGCACAAACAGCCGCCGCCCGCCGGGGCCAAGUUCCACGGCCAGGGCCCCCCCCACGCGCACCCACCGCCCUGGACGCAGUUGGCCGGCCCCCCGCAGAGCCCGCUCGGGCCGGCGUUCGGCAUGGACAAGGCCGCCGGCCCCUCCUUGUACCCGCAGGACUUCAAUUCCAACGCGCAGAAGCAGCGACUGAUGUCCGUCCAGCCCCCCAAGGGCUCGCCCAAGGCGGGGGCCAACAGCUUCGCGCCCGGGGGCGCCGGACACCCCAGCGUGCUGGGCCACCCGGCCCAGGGACCCCCUCUCAACCACCCGCCCGCGCCGGGGGCUCAGGCGGCCGUGUUGAACUACAACAACACCAAACCCCUGUCCCACUUUGAGGCCGGGCCCGGUCCACCCAGGCCCCCCAACGGCCAGAACCAGAACAAGGCCGCCCUCCUCAGCCUGCUCAGACAACAGCAGCAGCAACAGCAACAAAUGAAGCAGAAGAACAACAUGAACUUCCGCCAACAUCUAACACACACGCAGGACCAGAACUCGUACCCGACGCCUUCUCACGGCCCCGGUCAGGCCAAUGCCUUGACGUCCACGGCGGGCAACGGCGGGAUGGCGGCGCCGCCCGGGCCCAACGCCCUGGCGGGUAACCACAGCAACACGGCCUACCUCAACAGCCAGGCGGCGGCGCUCAAGCAGCAACAGCAAAUUCUGGAGCAGCAGAAGCAGCAGUACCUGCAGAGACAGCAGAUGAUGGCAGAACAGGAGAAGCAACGUCAGCAGGACCAGCAGCUCCAGAGACACCUGACCAGACCCCCCCCUCAGUACCAGGACCAGCCCGGACAGACAGCCAAUCAGAACGCGUUCCCUCAAACGCCGGUCAGCCAGUUUACAGGUCCGUCGCUGGCCAGCGUGUCUUCCAUGGGAGGCCCCGCCCCCGCCGGCCAGCGCAUGUUCCCCCAGCCGCAAGGCAUGAUGGGAAUCAAAAUGGCGGCCGGCGGCGCGCCUCCGCCCCCGACGGCGAGCCAGGCGGACCUGGGGCUGACGUCCUGCGGCGGGGACGUGCAGCAGGUGCUGUACAACAACAUGAACCUUCACCCGGGUGGCGGGCACGCGCCCCAACAGCGCCAACCCAUGUACAGGCACGCGCUGCUGGCCCAGCAGCAGCAGCAGCACCUCAACAAACAGCCCAACGCAGCCUUGUUGAAGCAGCAGCAGAUGGCGGCCGCCCGCAUGCCCGCCAACAUGCAGGCCGGCCCGAACGCCGUGUGGCAGCAGCAGGGCCUGGCCCCCAACGCCUUCGCCAACGCCCCCAACGCUUUCCACAUGCAGCAGCAGCAGCAGCAGCCUCGCAUCCCCAAAAUGACCGCCGGCUCCGCCGCCGCUUUUAACGCCAACCCCGCAGGGCGGCCCAUGGCGGGCAUGAUGCAGAGCGCCCAGCAGCGGGCGCCGUCCAACCCGCAAAGCCUGGGCCCGCCCCAGACUCAACAUCAACAAGCGACUCAGAACCACCCGACCAAUCAGAACGUCCUUCCCGACCUGGCGGCGUUCGGGGCCGCGGCGAGCGGCGGGCGGCCGAGCUUGGCCUGUAACCAAGGUUACCAGGUCAGCAGGACGGCCAACCAGCAGCAGCUCUCCUUCGGCUACAACGCGGCGGCGGGAAGCUUCGCGGCCGAGAGCGACCUGGUAGAGUCGCUGCUCAAGGGGCAGAGCACGCACGAAUGGAUGGCCGACCUGGACGAGCUGCUCGCGUCGCACCAGUAGAUGCGCCGCCCGCCGCCGCUCGGUGGUGGCACGUUACGCGUCACGUGAUGCGUGUCACAUGUAACACGUUGCCACGCCUCCUUCACCUUCUGCCCAGGCACGGGCGAGUAGCGACGCCAGGAAUCGAUACCGGCCGAUACCGCCCUUAUUUUAAUGUAUCUGACAGCAGCAGCCGCCGAUACUUAAAGGCAAAAAAAAAUGGACGUGGCGUACGGCCUGUUACACACACGAGGGUUUGUCAAGUCUCUACUCAGUUUUGGCCCACACAUAAGAAUAGGAGGUAGGCAACGUUAAGCUAGGAGGGGCACUUUCCGUGUGCGUGGACGGCAAGACAACCGAGGAUGGCGGUACAUCGUGCCGCAUACGCUUGUGCGCGACAAUGAGAAAUUCUAUAUUGAGCAUGCGACCAAAAAGUAAACCUCGUGAAAAUUGGUGGAGAAAUGAGCAAGUUAACGUCGCCCCCAUCAACGUGGCCGCCACGUAGACUCAUCGGUUAGCUGGCCUGCUACAGUGCGCUCCGAUAAUCUCAACGCACACCGAGCACCACCAUCGAACCAUCGAUCUCCAAUCUCGCCCUCCAAGACAGAAAUCGAGUGUGAUCGAACAAAAAAACCAAACAUCGUGGUACAAGCCCUUCCGGAUAUUUUGCACUGAUGUGUGCAGGGUGUGCCCCUCCCCCCCACCCCGAUUCCUUGUAGGGCGCGACAGAUAUGGAUUUUUUUUUCAGGCAGAUUACAGUAUUUGGCAGGAAACUGAUUAAUCGGCCGAUUAAUUUAAGAAACAUAUAAUGAAUGAAUCAAAGAAGCUCUUUUUUGAUCCCUUAAUGCUUACAACAAUAAAGAUCUGAAUUCCAGGCCGAACAUUUAUUUGACUGCUUUGCAAUAUUUCUUGACAACACAGAAAGAAAUCAGGGGUUUGCCCUUUUUCGCCGAUUUGGUCGAAUGGCGUUAUCUUCGUCUUAUGCUGUAAUGUGUUCAACAAUGAAUCGGUCGGGGCCCCGCUCCCUCGUUCGGCAGUCAGGUCGCGUCUCGAUGGGCCGCGUUCCGUCCCGCGUCGCAAUCCUCGGCAAUCCUUUUUUGUUCGUAAACAUCGAACGCGUUUUAAUAUUUUUUCAGAUUGUCGGCGCCAACCCGUCUGGAACCCUAAAAUCAGGCCAGAUCCACUCUCAACGCACCUCGCAUCUCGUAGGGCGUACUAGAACUGGCCGAUUGUCUUUUUGUGUGUACCGGGCCGACGUCCUCCUGACCAGUAGUUGCCUUCUACUCUGCUGCGGAAAGAGAGAAAAUCGGAAUGGGACGUAUCAGAAGCAAUGGCGCUAUUGGGCAUCGGCGAGUACUCGGACUGGUAUCGGACAUCCCCGUGGCCGACGCCCACGAUUGGUCGACGGCUCGCUCUCCGGGACCGUCGCCGUUCGCCGGCCGUCUGUAAAUGUUUGCAAAUCUAUUUUUUCUAUGUAACGUGACGAUCUGGACAUAGAUGUUAUUUUUAUAUCUGGCAGAACAUUUUUGUAAGUAUUUUCUACUUUUGAUAUGUUUGUGUAAAACAAGAAGAUUAUGUACUGUAAAUAUAAAAUACUCCACAACCA